AUGGCACUAACAUUUGGAAUUCUGACAGUCAGCGACAGAUGCUUUAAAGGAGAGAGCAAAGACACAUCUGGACCGAGAUUGGAACAGGAAAUAUUAAACAAAUUUCCGAUGGCAAAAAUUGCGGAAAAACAUAUUGUUCCUGACGAGGUCGAAGAAAUAAAAGAGUGCUUAAAACGUUUCGUUUUUCAAUCAUACAACGUUAUUUUAACAACCGGUGGCACAGGAUUCUCGCAAAGAGAUGUUACUCCAGAAGCAACCAAACAAAUUAUUGAAAGAGAAGCAAACGGCCUAUCCCAUGUUAUGACUUCCAAAAGUUUGGAAAAAACUCAGUACGCCAUGCUUUCCAGGGCUGUAUGCGGAAUCAAAAACACAACAAUUAUAAUAAAUUUACCAGGAAGUGAAAAGGCUGCCGCAGAAUGUUUUGGGUUUAUUAGCGAAUCAUUACCUCAUGCUGUCAGUGUAUUAACCGGUAAGAAAUUGGAGGUGGAAAAAGCACACAAAGAUGUACAACGCACAAGCAAAGUUAAAAUUGAUGCUUCCAAAAGAGACCGCCAUUCCACCUAUCCUAUGCUCGAAGUAGAUGCCGCUACUGCCUUAGUGUUAAAUGAAUGCGCUGCUACAAAUAAAACAGAAGAAAUACUGGUCGAAGAAAGCCUUUAUAGAAUCCUAGCGAACGAUAUUUUUGCCAAGGCUCCAGUGCCUCCAUUUGAAGCUUCAAUUAAAGAUGGCUACGCUGUUAGGGCGUCAGACGGCUUAGGUAUUAAAAAAGUUCGUUAUUACGCAGCCGCUGGGGAUACUCCAAUCGAUUCCACCUUAAAAGAAGGAGAAGUCAUUAGAAUUAGCACGGGUGCACCCAUACCACUUGGUGCAGAUGCUGUUGUACAAGUGGAAGAUACUAAAUUAAUUAAAAGUCAGGACGGCGAAGAGCUUGAAAUAGAAAUAAAAAUAAAUCCUAAAACUGGUCAGGACAUAAGAAAAAUUGGCAGCGAUGUUGAGAAAGGCGUUCUGGUUAUAAAACGAUACAAUAAAAUUUCUGCGGCAGACGUCGGAGUGAUGGCAAUGUUGGGCUAUUCCAAAGUUCAUGUUUUUAAACAAGCAUCGAUAGGAAUUUUAUCCACGGGUAACGAACUAUGCAAAGCUGGAGAACCACUAAAACCUGGCCAAAUAUAUGACAGCAAUAAGUUGACUUUAAUGAAUCUUCUUAAAGAAUACCACUAUCAAGCUACCGACUAUGGCAUUGCAAGGGAUAACCCCGAUGAUGUGUAUAAGUCCUUUGCAAAGGCCUUCGAGAAAAACGAUGUAGUCAUCACUUCGGGAGGCGUUUCAAUGGGCGAGUUUGAUGUCAUUAAACAAGUGCUAACGAUCGAUUUCAAUGCAAUUAUACAUUUUGGGCGGAUAAACAUGAAACCUGGCAAACCAACCACUUUCGCAACGUUGGACUACAACGACAAGAGAAAAUACGUCUUCGCAUUGCCGGGCAAUCCAGUUUCCAGUUGCGUUACAUCUAUAUUAUUCGUAAUUCCAUUUUUGAGAAAAAUUGAACGCGCAGAAACCAUAAAAUAUCCAUUUGUUCAUGUGUCUAUACCUGAAAUAAAAAAUUCUGACGCAAGACCUGAGUACGCAAGGGCGGUUGUUAGUUUUAAAAAUGGUAUUCUUAGCGCACAUACCACAGGAUCUCAAGUUAGUAGCAGAUUAAACAGUUUGUUGGGAGCAAAUGGUUUGAUUAUUGUGCCAGGGAAAAACUUACAAGAUAUAAAUAACUCAGCUUCACAACCAAUUUUUGGGCAAACAACACCAAAUAUUUUUGGACAAUAUUCUAUUAAACCAAUUUCUCAAACAUGUUUGUAUAAAGUACUUUUGUUUAGUGAGUUAAAAUAUGUCUAA